AUAACUAACUGAAUAACUUAACUUGUGUGUGACACAGCAGUGACACUGUGACAGACUUCUUCAAGAAAGUCAUGGAUGAGCAGAGAUUGGAGUACCUUGAAUUCUACAACCAGUCAUGUAACGUGUCUACCAUUAAUUCUUCAAGCAGCUUUGGGCCACCAAUAGCUGUCAUAAGAAUCAUUGGAUCCAUACUGAGUAUACUUGGUUCAACGUCUAUCAUAAUUGCUGUAUUUUUAACGGGGAAGCUAAGCAACAUGGAGAUUCAUCCGUUAUUCAGCCUUGCAGUUGGGGAUUUCAUCUUAUCUUGUCUCUGGCUGUUUGGUGGCUCACUGUGGCUAGACACUUAUCAGGACAGAUAUAGUGACAUUCAUCCUGGACUGGGCCUGUGCUACAUACUGGCCAUAAGCACAACUAUUGUUAAUAUGGUGACCUCGUUCUUAACUAUCGUCUACUCCCUCCAUGCUUUCAUAGUAAUGAGGCAACUUUCUAAAUCUAGAGGACACAUCUCGAGAGGACGAACUUGCAAACAGCAUCUCAUCACAGCAUUUGUGUAUCUUGUAGCAUGGAGCUUGCCUCUAUUGUUGGUCCUACCAGUCACUGAGAGUAUGAUUGGCCUUGAUAUUGCUAACAACGCUUGCUGGUGUUUUAUUGAUUUUUUUAACACUCGUCCUGGAGGUGGUCCUAACACAGAAAUCAGCGACUCUGACGAUCUUGCGACAAUCAUUGCUGUAUACAGUGGAGUCACCUUUGUUGUCACUGCUAUCGCAAUCAUAGCUCUUUAUGCUGGAACACUUCAUAUGGCAAGGAAGGUUUUAAAGCAUCAAAAAACUUUAAAUUCUGAAAUAAACUCAAGUAAAGUGAUUAAGAAACUGGCGGGUAGAGCGGCAGCGUUUAUCAUCAUAUAUCUGAUAUGUGGGUUACCAUUUCUAGCAGGUGCCAUUGACGUCUGGAAAGAAAAUACCCCUCUCCAUUUAUUAGAAAAACCAGAUCAAACCAUCCUCUUCUGGCAGGCUAUUUUUGGACCGCUACAAGGUUUUCUAAAUGCCAUAGUUUACGGCUGGUCAAGACCGGAGUUUAGACGGCUCUUUGUGACUCCGUGCAAGAAACUAAGACGAAGAAUGAGAGUGAAGGAUACUCAUGUACUUAUUGAUAGUGUCGAAGAAUAUUCGUAUUACCAUUAAGAGAAAUAGAGAGAGAGAGUUCCUUUUUUAUUAUUACGUGAUUGAUUUGUGACUGUUAUGAUUGUCUGUAUAUUGUAUACACAUCCUCCA